AAACGCACAUUGGAGGCGUGUGAUCGGUGCCGUAUCAAAAAGACAAAGUGCAAUGGAUCGAGUCCCUGUGAAAGAUGCGCAACAGAUAACGCAAUUUGCGUCUUUCGCAAGGUCCGCAGACCCCGAAACAGAAUUGUUCCCAGAGGUUACGUGGAGCUGCUCGAGAUCCAACAACAACAACUCGUGAGAGGUAUACAAAAGCUGUAUCAAUAUAUGAAAAAAGAAACGGCAAGGAUUGGGGCGCCCUUGGAGGAAACCAAUGACAGCCGACCCUUGACCCAUGAUAUUCUGGAACGACUGGGGGUGAUGGAGCCAGAGGAUCUCACCUCAGGGCAUGCUUUCGAGGCAGAUCUGGAGGUCUUGCAGCAGAAGCUAUCAAGAGCUGGU